AUGUCUGAUUCUUCUUCUAAUCAAGACAUCAUCAAGAUCCUAAGGAAGGCCAAAUCGUUCAACACGCUAAUCCGCUUGCUCAAAACCACACAAAUUAUCAACCAAGUCAAUGCACAGUUGGUCACUACAAAAUCUGGAGGAGGUUUAACCUUUCUUGCACCUGAUGAUGGUGCCUUCUCUCAACUCAAACCAGGUUACUUCAACUCUCUGGAUGAUCGUCAACAGAAAGCAUUGAUACAGUUCCACGUUCUUCCGGUUUAUGUCUCAAGCUCUAACUUUGACUCUCUUAGCAACCCUGUGCUGACACUGGCCAGUGACAGCCCCAACGGUUACCAAAUAAAUGUGACUGCAUAUGGGAAUAGUGUGAAUAUUUCAACUGGGGUGGUGAAUGCUACUCUCACAGGCAUUGUGUACACUGAUAAGACACUUGCCAUUUAUCACGUGGACAAGGUGCUUGUUCCUUUGGAUAUCUCAAAGCCUAAGCCUCCAGCUCCUGCUCCCACUAUGGCAAAUGCACCUAAAUCUUAUAAAGAUACUGCAGAAGAUGAUGAUAAGAGAGAGUCAACCAAAGCAACUUCUGCAGCCGCUGCCAUCAAUCUAAUUAGCAUUCAUGCAACAAUGUUGGUCUCACUUGGUGUUGCUUUAAUCGCGGCAGUAACUUUCUAA